AUGGCGUCGUACAUGUAUUACAACCAGCCGUACCACGGCCACACGCAGUCCAUGGGCAAUUUUGCUCCUUUCUCUGUUGGCUAUGGGUACUAUGGCGUUCCACAGCAGGUUGCAGCACCUGCUGCUGCGGCUGUGGGUCCGACAGGACAACAACCUUAUUUGGGACAUCACCGUUCUGCCAGCUACAAUGUGGUGCUCCCACCUCCAGGGAUGAGCUACAUGAAUGCUGGUGGAUACGCGCAGCCUGCGCACAUGGCUCCACCUGUGCUAAUGCCUAGUCAGGCCCCACCGGCGGAAGCUAAAGUUAACGGCGGAGUUCGCGAAGUUCUAGACUACGAUUUGGCCUUGAUGUCCGAAUACGUGGUCAAAAACGCGUUUUUGAUCUUUGACAGUGACGAAGCCUUCAACCAGGAGUCUGGAAGCGUAUCUGACGUUUUCACAAAGGGCGUUAACUCUGUGUUGAACGCUACAAGAUUGCCAUCUGUAACGGUGUUUUUGGCCCUGGAUUUACUUCGCAAAUAUUUGGUGAAAUUGCCAAACGGUACUGAAAGCGCCGGUGGUGAUGCCGUGAACGUGAUUUAUCAAACUUUGAUGAUCGCGUUCGUGCUUGCAAACAAAUUCAACGACGACAAAACUUUCACCAACAAAUCCUGGUCUCAAGCUACAGGAAUGGAAAUUGCCACUAUCAACGAAUUCGAAAGAGAAUGGCUUGCUGUCUUUGAAUGGAGACUGUUUGACGACAAAUUCGUCUUAUAUUCGGAAUAUUCCCAAUCAUUCGAACAUUUCUGUCGUGGCAGAAUGUCGCCACUACAGGCAUACACUCUUCCUUCUCCUACUAGGGGACAAGGAUUCUCCGCCACUCCAUCGUCUCACUCCCAGAGUUUUUACGGAUUCCAAACUCCGCUACAAUCUUCUUCUAUGGUCUACUCUUCGCCUUGUUACACUGACGAGAGAAGCAACACUAGCAAUUUUUUCCCACCAGCUAGUUUUGCCUCACCGUUGUCGAACGGAAGUCCAAUGACCAAGCAUGGCAUUAACGGCUACGGCUACAAUUAUUACAGCAAUGCAUUUCCAGGCAUGGCUCCAGCACCGGCACCGAUUGCUUCGGGAACUUUUUGGAAUACGCCCGCAGAUGACUUCAAGAGAAACGUCGUUUCAAGCAAUGUUCACUGCUGUCUUUCCAAUUAG